CGGUUGUUCAAAGGAUGGAUAAAUUUAUCCACCGGAUAAGCUUAUCCGGUGGAUAAAAAGGCUAUCCACUGGAUAGUUAUCCGGCGGAUAAAAAGUUGUUGCAGAAAGCACGGAUAGCGAGACGUUUAACUAUCCGAUGGAUAAUUCGGUAUCCAAGCAGUUGCUAUGGUUACAGCCCAGGCGUUGCGUGAUCUGUUCGCUCGCGCGUGCUAGUGGCGAGACAACAUGGCAGAAAAUGUUGCUCCUUCUCCGGCAAAGCGCGCUAGAAAACCCAAUUUUACACCCGCCGAAUGCGCAGUUAUUUUGGAAGAGGCGGAAGAAAAUAUAAACAUUAUCAAAAGUAAAUUUUCCUCGACACUUUGUAAUAAAAACAAAACGCGAAUAUGGGAGGAAAUAACCGAGAAAGUCAAUGCCCUUGGAGUUUCCAAAAGAACUGUUGUGGAGGUAAAAGAAAAGUGGAGAGGAAUGGUGAGUGGAGCAAAAAGAGAGCACAACAAAUGUACCACGGCAGUAAAGAAGACCGGGGGUGGAAAGAAACCGGCUUCUCCAAAGGCUACCACAGCCAAAAUUAUCGAGCUCUUCGAAACGGAUCCGUCUUUCAGCGGCAUUUUGGGCGGUAUCGACUCAGGUAAGCCACUAAUGUUUACAAGUUUGUUGACUUACGAUGAUACUUACCACAGAGUGCUGAUUGUUUCUGCCGUUCUUUGUUUAAACAUGACGCAGGGUAGCAGGUGAUUUUUCUUCUUUUGGAAAGUUCACAAUCCCUGUAAUUCGUCUACGUUUCUAAAAUUCAGCGGACCCUUGUUGAAUUGAAUCGAUCGAGAAAAGCUAAGCUGCUCUUGUAUCGUGGCCGAAAAGUACUUCUAGACUUAAACGUUUCACAC